CCAAGAUAGCGAAGCUGCGUACAAGAACGUACGAGCGAACGGAACGGUACGAUGUCGCUACGCGCCAUACAGAAGCGAGAUAGGGAGAAAUUAUCGUCCUCCCAACGGCAACAGUUUAUCAGCAGCAAUAGCAGCAGUCACAACCAGCAAUGGAACAACGGGCCUCCUGGUGUUGGUGCAAUAAUGCUGGCACCGACGGCAAAUAUGACGGCGGCCAUGAAGAUGACAGCAACCGGCGAUGUACCAUCGGUUCAAUCGAUUCUACAGCACCAACAAGCAAAGCGCAAACAAACCCAAGCUGCUUACUACGGUCCCGUAUCAACAACGAACUGCACCCUUGCAUCGCCGUCAUCAGUCGUGCUAAGACGGUCCAGCUCGUAUCCAACGCUGCCACAAACCCGCAAACAGUCAAGCAAGCAGCAACAGCUACGUCCGGUUCGGUCGGAAAGUGACUUGAGAGCGGUACGUGACAGUGAUUCACCGAGACGAGGUGGUGUUGGUGGAAGUGUUACGGCCAACAGCUUCAGUACCAACAAUCUCUACCUCGGUGCCAAAUCGGAGGUGUGCCUUAAAACGUUAGCCGUCAAGAAUACGGUGGUGCCACCUGGCCUGACGAUGCAGCAAUCACUACCACCCGGUAGUGGAGUUAGUGGUAGCAGCAUCCGGAGCGCAUCCAGCAGUGUUGGUUCCACAACCCAUCCAUCCUCGAAACGGUUGUACGAAAGUCGCCGUACAUCCGAACUAAGCAGUAGCGACUUCGGUACGAGUAAAUCUGAGUUGCAUCUUAAAUCCAAUGCCAGCGCCGUUCGCAUUCCGAUCGUCGGGUACGAGGUGAUGGAGGAACGGGCACGGUUUACGAUAUUCAAAUUACGCAUUGAAAAUAGUAUCUCUCACACCUGCUGGCUAGUGCUGCGACGGUACACGGAUUUUGUGCGGUUAAACAACAAGCUCAAGACGAUCUACCCUCACUGUAGUCUGGUGCUACCGCGUAAGAAAUGGUUCGGUGACAACUUUAGCAGUGGCUUUAUCGAUAACCGAAUACAGGGACUGCAAACGUUCAUAAACACGAUACUGGGGGACGAUGCGAUGCGGACGUGUCAGGCGGUGCGAGACUUUUUCUGUCUCGAUGAACCACCAUCGUACUCGGAAAGUAUGGAAGAGUCCAGGGUGAUCUUUGAAGCGCAGGAGGAAACAAUAGCACAGCUAAAGCAACAACUCCAAGCCAAAGAGGAUAUGGUGCAGGUGCUGCAAACCAAGCUUGCCACCGAGCUAAAUCGUAACGCGAUCCUUACCAACGUUAUACGGAACAGUGUGGAAAAUUGUGCCAAAUGUUCACAGUCUGUCGAUCAGGUGAUGAAGGAAUCGGUCUACAAGUAGUCUGGCAUACCAAGU